UUAGGACGCAGUCCCUAGUUCCCAACUUCCUGGUCUCCCCCUAACCAAUUUCACAGUUCACACAAAACUCUCUUUUCUGAUUGAACUUCCUUUGGUAGAUCAUCAAAAGGUGUAUAUCUGGUUUCGGGGUUUUAACUUACGGCUGAUAUUAAAUAUGGAUGCUGGAGGAAGCGUGGAGUGGUUAUGACAGAGUUCAAUCUGUUAUGGGUUUCAUGGAAUUGGUACUUCUUUGGCGACCCUUUGUUUGAUUGCUAAUAAAAUGUAGGAAAAUAGGAUAUUGGUUUUUGUGAUUUCUGGUUGUUUUUGUUAUUGAUCGAGGAAGAAUGAACUUGUAGCGAAAUAACUCUGUCGGGCUUAGUGAAGUAUCAGUUAUCGUUUCCUUGAUAAUCCAUAAUCUUUUUUUCCGGGUCCUUCCCUCCAUGAGCACUAGACGAGGGCCUUAAAAGUGUUCAGAUCGUGUCAACGAAUGGAUAGUUCAGGUUUGGGAGGUGGGUUUAUGUCGAGUCCAAAUGGGGCAAUAUUAGACCUUGAAUCGUCGAUUCAUAGGCACCAACAGACCCAGUUGGGUCAUCCCUCGUUAAGACAUCAACAUCAUAUGAAUCUGAUGAGUGGCCUUGAAAGUGAUCACCACCCCCCCGUUGGACUUAUGGAAGAGAAAGGCACAGUCAUGAAAUGCAUGUCGAUGAAUUUCAGUAAAGGGAAGGCAAUUGCCCCCGCUAAUGCUCCCAACAGUAACAAUAUGAGUGAAGAAGAUGAGCCGAGUUUUACAGAAGAUGGAUAUGGGGACAAUGUUGAUGGGGGUAAAAGAGGGUCUCCAUGGCAGCGAAUGAAAUGGACAGAUGAUGUGGUUAGGCUUCUUAUAGCAGUGGUUUCUUGUGUGGGUGAUGAUGGCACGCUUGAGGGUGGGGAGGGGCUCAAGAGGAAAUCUGGUAUUUUACAAAAGAAGGGUAAGUGGAAAACAGUAUCCAAGAUAAUGAUGAGCAAGGGUUGUCAUGUUUCACCGCAGCAGUGUGAGGACAAGUUUAAUGACUUGAACAAGAGAUACAAGAGGUUGAAUGAUAUUCUUGGCAGAGGAACUAGCUGUAGAGUGGUUGAGAACCCUGCUCUUAUGGACUCAAUGCCCCAGCUCUCAGCUAAGGCAAAGGAUGAUGUUAAAAAGAUACUGAGCUCGAAACACUUGUUUUACAAAGAAAUGUGUGCUUACCAUAAUGGGCAAAGGAUACCCAAUUGCGAGGAUCUUGAUCUACAAGGCCAUUCUUUACCUCUUGGGAGGUGUUCGAAAGACAAUACUGGGUCAGAGGAAGAAGCUGAAGAAAAUAAUGACAGUGAGGAUGAUGAAAUAGAUAAUGAUGAUGAUAACAAUGCUGAGGGGGAUGUGGAGAGGAUGGGGGAGUUCAGUGGGAGGGAAAAAGUAAGUGAAGAGGAUGGCCAUUUCUGGUCACAAUCUGUUGCGCUGGAUAAUUUUGAAGCCGAAAUAGCCGAGAUUUUUGAAGACCCCACAAAGUCAUUAUGGGAGCGCAGAGAGUGGAUUAAGAGGCAGAUGUUGCAGCUCGAAGAACAAAGAGUCAACUUCCAGGCUGAAGCUUUUGAGCUUGAGAAACAACGUUUCAAGUGGCUUAGAUACUGCAGCAAGAAAGAUAGGGAGCUGGAAAGGUUGAGGCUGGAAAAUGAGAGGAUGAAACUAGAGAAUGAGCGCAGUGUAUUGCAACUGAGACAGAAGGAACUGGAGAUAGAUCUCAGAAGGUCAGAAGCCUCCAUUGGCCCUACUUCUGUUGGUAUUGACAGGCUGCAAGGAAGAGAUCACAUUGACUUGAGCAGGCGUCAAUAGCUUCUUGCAAAAGGGCUAGAAAUCAUGUAUAACAACAUCCUGCUAAACCCUUAAGAGUGUCAUAGGCACACUAACCUUAUGAGCCACUUGUAUCGCUUUGGGUAAAUUUUAGAAAUAAGUGAUAUCAUGCUUUAUGUGAAGCUUUUGGCUAUGCAGUUGUUAUUAAACACGUAGCCUUUUUUUCCCACUGUAUUUCUCAUGUUUAGACCAUGUAACUUCAUGUACAUUGAAGUUGUAAUAUGCUUUUAAACUUUUGGGUUCCAAUUUUCUACUUUUGAAUGAGGUAA